AGAGAGGAAGAAAGAAGCCUCGUCUCUCUCAACAAGAAGAUGGUUCGCCGUGUUGCCAAACUGACGGACGAUCUCGUGGCCGAGAUCCUUUCUCACCUGCCGACCAAGUCCUUUUUCCGAUUCCAAUGUGUCUCCAAGUCCUGGUUCGCUCUUUCCUCGGAUCCCUGCUAUCACAACAAGUUCCCUCGUGCUCCAUGUGGCGUUUUCAUCAAUGUGCCCGUUGGACGCUUCGGGCCUCCUCACGGGGGAAGGAUUGGUGUCCAAUAUAUCAGCCUCUCAAACAAUGGUGAUGAUCUUGUCAUCGACACCGCCCUCAGUUUCUUGCGCAACAUACACAAUAUGGAGGUCAUCAGCUCCUGCAAUGGCCUCCUCCUUUGCCGCUCGUGGGUUCCACAAGGCGGCCGGGAGCUUCGAACCUUUUGCCGCUCGUGGGCUUAUGUCUGCAAUCCCGCCACUCGAGAGUGGGUUAUGGUCCCUAAAGGAAAUGAUAGAUACCGUUUCCAAUACCUAGCUUUGGGCUUCGAUCCUCGUAUCUCCCGCCACUACCAUGUCCUCCGCGUCGACUUCCAGGAGAUCCCUAGGUUUAUGAUCUUCUCGACUAAGACAAACGAGUGGGUCGUGAGCGAAGUCUCUGAUGCCAAAGAGUAUCACAAUCCACAAGCUACUUUCUUCCAUGAAAUUUUCUACGCUACCAAUGGUUUGAACCAAGUCUUGGGAAUUGAUCUAGAGGGAAGGGUUUGCCGUAGAAUUGAGCUGCCUGUAUCUGAUGGAAUAGAAUGUCUUGGACACUCGGGGGGUUAUUUGCAUUAUAUGCUGCAAGGCAAGGAUGAGAUAAAGGUCUGGAUGCUUACGGACUACUGUCAUGUUGAAUGGGUGUUGAAGCAUUGCAUUAGUAUCAGAGCUAUGUUACAGAAACAUGGGAUCCCUGAAACAAAAAGUAUUCGUAUCUUGGAAUUUCAUCCAAAUGUGGAUGUUGUUUUCCUUCUAAUAAAUCCAAAGAUCUUCUCAUAUCACCUAAGCGGUGGUAGAUUGGAAGAAGUUUAUAGCUUGCAUCAUUGGUACAGUCGAGGAUGUGUUGUUUAUUCACCCCGCUUAUUGAAGGGGUUUGGCAAUGAGGUUGCCUAAUGGGAUGGAUGAGGGGCAGGUUAUAUGCAUUAUUCUUGGCAAAAGAUCGUAACGUGUUAGAGGUUUGUAAAAUUUACUAUGUAUUGUCUUGUGUUUUCAGAUA